UCCCGUGCCCCGGGCCCGAACCGUGAAUGUGCCGAUAGUUACACUCGUAAUUCACUUCAAUUAUUAGACUACAGAUAUAGUUUCGCGUUUGAUAAUACAAACACGUUAGUAUAAUACCCAUUUCGAAUUUGACAGCUUGUUAGUAAAUAAAAUAUCAAUUACUUAAUUACUACAUCGUUGUAAUAAAUAACUAACAAACUUACAAUGGAGCGAAACCUUGAAAAAACAAUGGAAGAUGCGUCAAAAACAGCAGGAAUUAUGGGAUGUAUUUUGACUGAUAAAUCAGGCCUUUGUCUUGGUGCGAAAGGCAAUAUUUCUCCAGACUGCGCAGGAAUCAUAGCAGCCAUUGCUAAUCAAGCUUCUAAAUUAGAACCUUUAGCAACUCCUGUUAUUUCUCUUCAAAGUGACUCGAGACAAUGUUUAAUCCACCGUGACGGCCCAGUAAUAGGAGCGAUAUUUAAGAAUAUUCCUCAAUGAAAAUCAAUGUAUGCUCUUGAAUUAUCAAAUUUUACGAUGGAUUUUUAAAAUUUAAUUAUCUUUAUAAUAAAAUAAAAUUAUUUUUAUCAU